CAACCUCAAAUUCAGUCGCGGACUGCGAAGAAUGAAGACUUAUCGAUUCACCGACAACGAAGACGACGGCGACGGCGACGACGUUGACGACGUUUAUUAGAAGUCAUCGAUCACAAAUCUUGGCAGGGCGAGAUCGCGGUCUACAUGACGACACGCCGACGAUGACGACGUCAGUGCAAUCUCCUUGGUAACCGGCCGUCAAAACACUACGUCGUCGAGACGCAUAGAGACGACUGUAACACAGUCGACAAGUCGUGGCUCUCGGCAAGAUCGUUCGCUAGUCUUUGCUACGUCCUAUGGAUCAUCCUGACAUUGUGACGACGACGACGACGAUCGCCGUGCAGCGCUGGAGAAGCCGGCCGAGUCGGGUUGGCUGGCGUUGAAGUUGUUGAAGUGACUGAGACAUGAUCGCCGGCGUGGAAUUCGCGUGGUAUCGGCCGGAAUGUGAAAGCUGACGUUGGGGUGCGACAACGAGGGUACCAAUCGGCAACGAAGUGCCUUCAAAUUGCCGAGUCUUGAAGCAUGAGCUCGGGGACUCCCCGGAUUCUUUGCCUCGCGUUGACUGUUCUCGUAUACUUCCAAAGAGGAUGGGCCAUCGACUGCUUCAAGUGCGUCUCGAUCGAUGGCGACAACAAACCUUGCGACGACCCGUUUCAUAACAAUGGCAGCCUCGCCUUCUUAGAGUCGCCCUGCUUGGGCGGUCGAAAAGGGCGCGACGGCCUCUUUCCGGCGACGGCUUGCAUCAAAAUCGCCGGCGUGUACGACGAAUCCGGCGUGUCCCUUAUGGUGAGGGGCUGCGCGCUAGACAGCGGUACUUUGACAACCGACUCCGAGAUCAUCAGAAUGUCCCACUGCGGCGGUUUCUACUUCGACGACAAGUAUGUGCGCGGAUGCGUGCAGUCCUGCAGCGAUGCGGAUGCGUGCAACGCGUCGUCGGGAAAACUGGCGACGCUGGUCGUCCUGAUAUUGCCGAUCCUCGCGGGAGUCUUUUCAUAACGCACGCUUUGCGACGCGAGGACGAAUAUGUAUACACACGCUAAUCACGAGCGCGAUCGUUUGAUCAUUAGUCAAGAAGAAGUGGACGGCGACUCUGAGAGAUCACGAUGUAAUCUCCGCGAUGACGGACGUUGCACAACGACUACAUAACGUAGUGUGCACAACGACAAUUAUCGAGGAUACCAUUAUUUAAAUUCUACGAUGACAAGACAGACCACAUUCUACGCGACACGUAUGCCUAGAAGAGUUUAAGAGACGUCUUAGGCCCGUAUUAAUAGUUGUUAUCUCACUUGAAUUUAACUUGAAACUUAUCUCCAACGAGAUACUCAGAUUUAAAUUAAAAAUUGGAUGUGAACUUUUUUCAGUUUAAGCACAAUUACAGAUAUAGUGUCAGAUUGACUCAUAUGAGUCAACUGAAAAAUUCAGAUCUAACAUUGAAUUAAAAUCCAACGUUCACUUCUGAACGUUCAUCUGAACUUCGCAUAAGACAAGUUUUCAAGUGACAACAACUGACUAUUAACUAUGGGUCUUAUUGUUUCACAGACGUCUCUUAGGCUCGUCUUAAUAGUUGUCACCUGGAACUUGUCUCAUAUGGGAUACUCAGAUUUUUAUUCAGAGUCAGAUCCAAGUUUUCCGGUCAAAUUAUAUUACAGUAUAUGACAUUUAUUCUUAUAUCUGUAAUCGCGAUUCAACUGAAAAACUCUUAUCUAAUUUUUUAACUCAAAUCUGAAUAUCUCAUUUGAGACGAGUUUCAAGUAAUAACUACUAUUAUAGGUCUUAGAGACCUGCAUUAACAGUCGUUACCUGAAACUUGUCUCCCACAUGAGAUAUUUAGAUCUCUGAAUUUAGAUCUGUGAAUUUAGAGUUAAGUUUCUUUACCUGAAUCAUAUGAUGUGUAUGUGGAACAUUAUAUUUGACGAUUAUAUUUGUAAUCCCGAUUCAGCUGAGAAACAUCACAUCUAAUUCUAAAUUCAAAUCUGAAUAUCUCGUCACAGGCAAGUUUCAAGUAACGUUCAUUAAUACGUCUCUAAGAUAUCUUGAGACGUAUGAGUGUUCUGUGAGACAGUGAAUACUGCCAGACUAUGGAUUAAGAUUCUAGUAACAAACAGUUAAUUAGUCCACUUGCGACUUGCUGCUCUGGCUAUCACUAGUAAUGUGCAUGUGCGAUAUGUGGAUUGUAUAAUUACCGCUUCAUAUCAAUAAAGUAUAUCUCGAAGUU